AGGACGCCACAACGGCUGGGCUAGAGAUAAUAAGGGGAUCCACCGAGUCUAUUGCGCAUUCAUUGUGCAUCUCCCGCAGACCAUUCGCCCCGCAAGAUCAGGCCGGUUGUGGCCCGACUCCACGAGGAUUCAAAUGCCUACGCGCUCCUCUACAUACCCUGUCACAGAUUUCAUCUUCAUUCUGUACUGAGACCUUGCAUUAUGGCAAGCCAGAACUCCAACCCCAACGCAGACCCUGUGUUCUUCGGCGGCAUCGAAGUCGACAUCACCCAAUUCGAUUUCAGCGACCACUCUUCGAAGGUCAACAGUCUUACGAUAACAUGCGCAGUCUUCAUUGCUUUGGUGGUGUUGACUGUUGGUCUCCGGCUCUUCGCAAGAGGGAAAUAUGUCGGUCAUAUUUUCGCAGAUGAUGUUCUGAUUAUUUGCGCCGCCGUCUUCACGGUUGCGCUGGCUGGAGUGUGUAUCGCUGCAACUCAAUAUGGUCUUGGACGACACAUCUGGCUUCUGCCCGUGACGACCCUCUUCGACACUCUGAAGGACUGUAUACUGUAUUUGUUCAUCUGCCAGAUCCUCUACGCUUUCGCCAUCGCAUUAACGAAGAUCGCCAUUGUAUCCUCAUACCUUCGUUUCAUCCACGACAGGACGUUUCGCAUCUGGAUGUACGCAAUAUCUGUAAUCAUCGCUGGACUAUGGAUUUCGGGAAUCUUUGUCACCAUCUUCCAAUGCCGCCCUGUUCAGGGAGCAUGGGACUUUACCCUCGAACCCGUAUGUGUCGACUAUGUCACCUAUCUAUACGCCAGCUCUGCCGUCAACGUCACGACAGACAUUCUCCUAUGCGCGCUACCUUUGCCUCAUAUUUGGAGGCUAAAAAUGCCGAAAAGGCAACGAAUCGUCUUAUGUGUGCUACUGGCAGGAGGUGCAAGCGCAAGCAUAUUGGGCAUUGUCCGUAUCGCAUUCUUGGAUCGUUUGCGCGUUCUAGAUGUUACUUAUCAAAGCGUCGAGUGCGUCAUCAUGUCAGUAGGCGAAUGCAGUCUUGGAAUCAUUUCUGUCAGCAUCGCUGCUCUUCGUCCGAUGGCACGACAGUUCUUCCCAAAGGCGAUGCGAAAUUCUCCCUCUUCCAGAUCCGAGCCACGCGAUGGGCACGUUCGCCUCGAACGCAUACCAACAAGUCAGGACAAGGACAAGUUCACAUCGGAAAGCAAACAGGAUCUGUCGGGUUCAUACGGAUCGCAUACACAAGUAUCCGCUUAGUCACCCAUAUACAAUCUAGACAAUGCUUAUACACCUAUGUACCGCUUCAUGUACCGCAUCUCGUUCCUCAAUGCUGCAACGUUAUUGUACACUGUCGGCACGCAAGAAAAGGCUGAAUAAUGACUUCGC